UCCAUACUUUAUAUUCACCCUGUAUGUCUACCCAAGUGUAAAGAAAGCGUUUAAAAAAAAUUCCAACUCUAGGAUUUUUUUCCACCGAUUUGUCUAAUUUGACUGGGCUAUUAAAGGGUGAUGAUGUAUUGAUGGUGGUUUUUAGGCAUCUUCUGCUUUGUCGUGUGACAUUAGGGAAGAUGUUUCUUCAGUUUAGUGCCAUGAAGAUGGCGCAUGCCCCUCCAGGGCAUCAUUCAGUGGCGGGGCGACCCUCAACCGGAGGUUUGAAUUUCCCGGAAUAUGUGGUUUAUAGAGGGGAACAGGCAUAUCCGGAGUAUCUCAUCACUUAUCAGAUUGUUAAGCCUGAGAAUUGUCCCAUGACGAGUGAUAGUAGUGUCAGGUGAUUUCGUGAUGAGUUGUGGGACGAAUUUGUGGCUAUUUUGCUCAAUUGUUUCGUUCCAACGAAGAUUUGUACGUGUCAAAAGUCGAGGCUUUGAUGCCUUUUUAUGUGUUCAUAAGGACUGAAUCUUGCAGCAAAUUGUGAUAUCUCUUUUUUUUUUGAAGGAUUAGUCAAUUUUGUUUUAUUUAUGGUGUGGUGUUUUUAUUUUUACUGUAGUGGUAAUAAAAUAUA